GUAUUUCAUGCUCGAAACGAAACUACGCCAGUCUCGCUGUCCCCAAAAGAAACGAAACUUUCAAACGCGUCAUUCUUUCAACCUCACUCACCUGCACAAUCAGAAAAAAUCUCGGCCAACCUUAAACUUGAACCGGUGAGGCGGAUCGCGGAAUUCGGUUAUUCGCUGAGUGUUUUUUUUUAUCUCCAAUGCCUUUUCACCAACUUACCGAUGUCGCCAGCUCAGUGCAUUUCGCAUUCGCCGAUUGCGACAUCGGCGGAAAUCGGUGAAAAUAUCCCAGGAUAUUGGUGAUAGUAUCAAGAGAAAUCAGUGAACGAUCGCUGAAAUUUAUUAGAAAAUCUAGGAAAAUUGUUUAAAAUUGUGCGGAUUGAAUAGUCGUUACUGCAUACAAAAAUUGGAUAAGCUGAAGUGCAUUGUGCGGGCAUAACGCACCUUAGCAGGUGGUUUAGUUGGAAAGGCCCAGCUUAGAUAAAAGAAAGCGAGUGUUUAUAUUUAUACUAUAGUGAGUGUGUUGGUGUGACCAAACGGUCCCUUGUGUUUACAUGUGUAUGUGCAUUUGUAUUAUAUGUAGUACGAAAUAAGUAUACGUGUGUAAUUUCCGUGUGCGCGGAAAAUUCGCACAAGAGCAUAGAAUUGCAUAGAAUACACAUAUUUGCAGCAAAAUACUGGCAAAGAGUUUCGUAAGACAUCUUCUGGGAUAAAGUGACAAAGAAGAAGAAGUAACAGCUUCCGUUUCCCGGACCUGACAAUUUCAGAAUCUACCAGGGCUUGCCUGUCUCAACAUGAAGUGAAAAGGCGGUUGACCCACACAGCAGAGCUGCUUUCACCUCUGAUUAUCACUCUGAGAUUAUUUACAAGUUUAAAGAAUAUUAUGCCGCGCGCUCCUUAGAAUUGAUCAUCGAAGAAGCGGAUUCUCGACGAGAACCGACGUGAUUUCUUCGAGGGAAAAAUCCUCGUAUCAACUUCACUUGUGUAUUAUGGAAAGCAGGAUGUACAUCAGCGACGAAAGCACCGAUUGCCAAAAAGGCGGCAAGUUUGCUUCGACAAAUUCGAUACCAUCAUUGGUUGAAAGUUGUCCAUCAAUAGAAGAUGAGAAAAACAAAGAGCCAGUCGUGAUAUUAAGAAACGCGAAGGGCCGCAGGUACAGUGUCCUUGACGAUUUAAAAGCCAGAAGAGAUAGUCUCUUCCAAAGAGCGAGAAGAAACAGCAUUUUCGAGGACAAAGAAAAUUCCAUAUCCCCUGAGAAGGAAAAGAAACCUAAGGAAAAGGAAAAAAUAAAGGAGAAAGAAAAAAAGGAAAUAAAGGAGAAACGAAGAAGUAGUGAAGGUGCGACGAGACGUGGUUCUGUGUUUUAUGUAUCCCAGGACCUUCUUGAGGAAAAUCGGGAUAUUGAUGCGGAUGAAUGCAAUGCGAUUGAUCGGGAGAUUAAGAAGGGUCGAAGGAAAUCGUGGCAUCCACUUGCUGCCAAACCUCCGAAGUCUGAUCGCAAACGAAGAAAGGGCACAAAUGCUCCUUCUGAAGUUGGCAGCACGGAAGGCCUUUACCCUGUCAGACAGAAGAGACCAUCUUGGUGGAACAUAUUCGUGCCUGAUUCAGUCAGCAGAUCUCGGCGAUUGUCCCAGGAUGUGAUGCACACGAGAUCUACGGAAAACCUCACAGCGACUUACUUCAGGAGUAAAAGUCGGAGUGUGGACCAUGGAUUCACAGCACCAUUCGAUCUCGAUUCUCUGCGGAAUAAAGUUGAAGGACGAUUUGAAUCUAUCGACAAACUUUCCCGAGAUUCAGAUAAUGAAAGCAAGGAUGGCUCUUCUGCACAGGAAAAGAAACAUGGACGGGUUUCGCAGCCCAUCAACACCAUCGUUUAUACGGUCGGCGAGAGAGACACACUCACUUCAGUAGCAGCGAGAUUUGAUACAACGCCAUCCGAGUUGAGUAAACUUAAUAGGCUUGGAAGCACGUUUGUUUAUUCUGGACAACAAUUAUGGGUUCCUGCAAAAGGAGAAGGUUUUUCAGUAGAUGGUUCGACAGCCGAAGCACCGAGUCCGGAUCCUUAUCACGAUCACGACUCCCAAGAUGAUCUUCCACCCGAAGAAAAAGAACUUUUGGACAAUUUGAGACCGGCUUCUCCCAAGCCUGGACACUUGGAAAGAAUUAAAACACCUCAAAAUACCACAGCCAUGGAAGAAGAUGAACCUUAUAAAGAAAGGUUCCUCAAAAUCAACGUUCGUCACAUAACAGAUGGACAGGGCGUCGUUGGCGGGGUUUUGCUAGUGACACCAAACGCUGUGAUGUUUGAUCCAAAUGUCUCAGACCCUCUCGUCAUUGAGCAUGGAGCCGAAUCUUAUGGUGUCAUCGCUCCCAUGGAAUUCGUGGUGAACGCUGCGAUUUAUUACGACAUCGCGCAUAUGAGAGUCAGUCACGCAGAGUCAAACAAUCAAGAUAAAAAGCCGGAAAUAUACUACAUGAAGAAACUUUCGCAGUCAGGAGUCAGCAAAUGUCAGUCUCCAGGAAAGGAUGAAAAUUUCCCCGAAUUAACGGCCGACGAUAGUGAAAGCGUCUGCAGCUGUGCUGAAAGGGAAGGAGACGCUUUUCCAAAAGCUUUCGAGAGAGAUCUUGUCACUCCGACUAAUCUACAAGUUGAUGAAAAUUCGACUCCGACCAAAGAUAAGGAUAAGGAAAAGGAGAGCAACGAUGAAGCAAUUGGAGGUCAAGCAGCUAAAAGUUUGGAGGAACGCAGGCGUUCCAUGCUUGAUCAUCAUUGGGCUGUUCCCAGCAAAGAUCGGUGCUCGUUAUCAGUUGAUGAUGAGCAGCAAGACUCUCUGAAUUUAGACAAAGUUGAUCCACCCAAAACCAAUGCCAUUCCCGAAGAAGAAGGAUCUCUAGUCAAACAGUCCUGUCACGACUCCGGCAUCGACAUCCGCGAUCCGAAUCCUCCACUUCCCGUGGUCCAACAGAUCCCUUCCAAAAAAGUCUAUUCCGAUGCAGACAUUGUCCUCUCCUCGGAUUGGGUUCCACCGAUUACGAUCGCCCCGACAAAUUCUACGACUACUUUUGAAACCAAUUCAGCAGCCAAUGGUCGGAAAAAGGCAAGUUCCGUUUCAUUUAGUUUAGAUAGUAACACCGAAGAGGUGGAGAAGGACGACGACCACCACAAGGAUGAUGAUAAACCAGAAACGCGUAAGAAUAAGAUGUUGAAACGACUUUCAUAUCCUCUGACUUGGAUGGAGGGCCUAACGGGUGAUAAGGAGGAAGACAGGACAAGUGAAAAAAUCUCAAGUCUUCCGAACAGUGCCGACAGUCAGCACUCUUCCGUUUUCAGCAAGGUCUUCUCCAGACGAUCUUCGGUGGGCACCUUUAUUCGACAGCAGCCUCUAACUUCUUCAGGAAGCAGCAGUGUUGACAGCAGCCGAGGAGGUAAAGCUUUCACAGCACCACCAAAAUUGGACUAUCGUAGCAUGGUUUCCGUCGAUGACAUGCCCGAACUUUUCGUCAGCUUUGACAAAUUGAUUCCACGGCCUGCACGUUCCUGCGAGGAUCCUCCAUUGUACCUGAGACUUCGAACUGGAAGGCCGAAAGACAAGAAAAUACCGAGAUCAACUCCAAUUAUGAGCUACGGAAAGAAAAAGCUGCGACCUGAAUAUUGGUUCAGUGUUCCACGCAACAGAGUCGACGAUCUCUACAAAUUCAUCCACGCCUGGGUUCCUUCGCUUUAUGGUGAGCUGGACGAAAAUUACUGGAUAGAACGUGGUUAUAUUCUGUCAGACACGGACACGGAUCUUUCCCCGGAACUCUCACCCCACGAUGCAGAGGGUGGUGAAAAUGCAGAGGACGAUAAGAACCGAAACAGCGAUGGGGACGACAUUUCCGAACUAACUCGCGAGUCCUGGGAGGUGCUGUCUAUGAGUGAAGAGCUCAGGAGAGCCCUUUAUGCAAACAGUGCAGUCUCUCUCGACACGGAAAUAAUUAUUCCAGACCUAGUUGGUACCACAGAAAUUCUCAGUGACGAUCACAGAGAACAUCUUUGUCGGCAUUUACCCGCCAGAGCGGAAGGUUACCUCUGGACCUUGGUCUUCAGCACAAGCCAACAUGGCUUCAGUCUCAACAGCAUGUACAGGAAAAUGGCCAAAGUCGAAAGUCCCAUUCUCCUCGUUAUCGAGGACACAGAAGGAAAUGUAUUUGGUGCUCUGACUUCCUGUUCAUUACACGUAAGUGACCAUUUCUAUGGAACUGGAGAAUCCCUACUGUUCAGAUUCACCCCGAGAUUCCAGGCAUUCAACUGGACCGGAGAUAAUCUUUAUUUCAUCAAAGGAAACAAUGAGAGUUUAGCGAUCGGCGCAGGAGAUGGCAAGUUUGGUCUGUGGUUGGACGGUGACCUGUACCAGGGCAGAACGCAGUCCUGCAGCACGUAUGGCAACGAGCCGCUGGCGCCUCGUGAGGACUUUGUGGUUAAGACGUUGGAAUGCUGGGCGUUCAUAUAGGACUCGGCCUUGUUCUAUUUGCCGUGAACUUUGACCUCACCGCAGCCUAACCUUACCUGAACUCAGGGCGACGCGGCGAUCUCGCACCCAGUACCAGGAGAGAUCAGAUGAAGACUAAAUGACUCUACGAGCCGGUAUCGAGAGACAACAAUUCAUUCAUUGUUUUUGUUGCACGACGUUGGAACAACGCCAAUGAAGUUGGUCGAGCUCGACCUAGUGCUGCUGCUGUCAAAUCCCGAGAAUCGAAUGAAAUCCAGUACUGAUUGAUUCUCAACGAAUCGACACAACAAUGGAAGAGACUAGCCAAGUUGCGAUGUGAAGAGGAAAAAGAGAGCAAUGCUGUUUGCUCGCCUUUUCUUGCGAUAGACCUCGGCUCCUAGACUUUUAUUAUUAUUAUUAUUAUUAUUAUUAUUAUUAUUAUUAUUAAUAUUAUUGUAGAUUAUUGUAGAUUAUUAUAGAUUAUUAUUAUUAUUAUUAUUAUUAUUAUUAUUAUUAUGGUUAAUUCCUCACUUUUUUUAAGUUAGAAAGUAUUUAUUUUAUUAUUACAUAACACACUUGCGUUGUACGAUAUAUUCUCGCGCGUUCAUCCGCUAGGUAACACACGAAAUGUCCUUUUUUUUGUUUUUAUUUUGUUUGUUUGCCAUAUUUUAUCUUUUUUUACGAGGGAGAGAAAGUUCUUUUUUAAGGUUGAAUCUGUCAAGUGUAGUCCUCUGUAUUUCUCUCCCUCUUAUCGACGAUUUUAUUGAGAUUGCGAUGAUACAGAGAUUAAAUUAACAACAGAGAUCGACUUUCUGAGACGAUGCUUGAUGUACUAAUUUUGCUCGAUGUGUCGCGAAUACCACGAAGAUCCAGCAAAAAAACUAACUUUUUUCGAUGUGUAGAUAAUGUAGAUAGUAAAUGUAAAUAUAUACAUACAUUACGACCGUGUUACAGUGAUUGUUUCGAUGAGCGCUAUACAAACCGAGAAGCCGCGCAGAAAUGAAAUUCGAUUCUUGAAAUUACUUGUUUGCGCGUGCGACUCUUUUAUUUAGGAUCUGAACAGAUUAUUUAGCUAUACAUAAUAGAGGACUCGUAUAAUAAACAAAACAAUACAUUGCACCGAGGGGAGAAGAAAAAUGUGUUAUAUUUGCCGGUUUGUCUUAAAGAAAAGGCGUAGAACGAAGUUUGAAAAUUUGAGGGUAGAGAGACGCCAAUGUUCUCUUGACUCUUGAAAUUUUCGUUUUUCGCUCUCCAGAUAAGCGUCGAGUCAGAACUGACCACACAACGAAAAAUCUGUGCCUCGCUUCGCGCUCUCGACCUCUCUUCUCCAAUCACUUUGUCUGAGACGAAAUCGGUACGAAUCUGUGUUAACUAAUCUUAAGUUUUUAACGAUAACGAUCUUAAAUGAGAAAUUUCUUGAUGCUGUGAUCUGAGAUUGUAUCCAAUUGUAUCGUCUAGUUUUAAUCGAGGCUGCGAAACGCGAGGCAUUUUUUCAUCCAGAACAAAAUUAUACUUGAAAUUUUAGUGUUUUUUGUUGUUGUUGUUUCCUUGCAAGAAAGAGCAUAUGACCACAAUAAAAUUGUUUGUCAUUAAAACUUA